AUGGACAGCUGUGACGCGGUACCUUUGCUAUCCCAUUUUACGUUGCAAGUUGUCGGGGCCAUAACUGGUGAUGUUAUAUGUACAGUGGACGCCGAUGGAUCCUGGUAUUUGCAAGAUCUGAAAGUUGCCAUUCAAAGCGUGUCUGGCAUACCUACACAUGAGCAGAGAUUGCUGCAAGUUGGGGGAAAGCCAAUCGCAAACGAAGACAGGCACUUGUCAGAGAUUUUAAAGUGCCACAGUGACUGGAGCAUCGCCCCAAAGGUCUCUAUCGGCCUUGUUCGUGCAGAUGCAGAGAGGACAGCCGCACUGGAGCACUUGGCCAUCGGUGGAUCCCUGACGCAGUUGAAGGAGAGCUACCGGGGAGACCCGGAAGUUGUCCUGACAGCCGUGCAAAACAACGGCAGUGCCUUUCGGCACGCUUCCGACCGAUUGCGGAGUGACAAGGAUUUCUUGCUAGCUGCAAUUGAGAGAAGUUGCGAUGUUCUUUGCUAUGUUUCAGACGAGUGGAGAUGGAACCGUGAUUUCGUUUUGGAAGCCAUUCACCGCAACGGCACGGCUCUCUGCUACGCAUCGACUGAGCUUCGAAGCGAUCGGAACUUCAUUCUAGCGGCCGUCGAGCGCAAUGGUAUGGCGCUCUGCUAUGCAGACAUGGAGCUGCGAAGAGACCGGAACUUUGCACUCGUGGCAGUGCGCAAGAGUGGUCUCGCUCUCCGAUACGUGUCGGAGCAGUUGCAGCGAGAGCGGGACUUCGUCCUGUCUGCAGUGCAAUUAAAUUCUGAGGCACUUCGAUAUGCAGAGGAAGAUUUUCGCUGUGACCCGGAACUGGUCCUCGCGGCAGUCCAAAAUGAUGGAACAGCCCUUGGAUUCGCAUCGGAAGCCUUGCGCUCAGAUCCUUCCUUCGUGCGCAAAGCACUCCAGCGCAACGGAACUGCUUUGCCCUACGUGGCCGAAGACCUGAGGGAGGAUAGGCAAUUUCUCAUGAAGACCUUGAUGCUCAAUGGCGACGUGCUGAAGCAUGCAGCAGAAGCAUUUCGCCGCGAUCCAGAAGUCGUCUUAAAAGCCAUCAGCAGCAAUGGAGCUGCCAUGCGCUAUGCAUCGCAGUCCCUCCAGUUAGAUCUCAGCUUCGUCCUUCGAGCUGCAGAGACGAAUGCUGCCUCUCUGCAGUAUGUGAUGGAGGACUUUUGGCACAAGAGGGACUUUGUCAUGAAAGCAGUGGAGGUCACCGGAUCGGCACUUCGCUUUGCCAGCCCAGAGCUCUUGAAGUGCCGUGACUUUCUGAUUUCUGCAGUUCGAAGGAACAGCUCAGCCCUCCACUUUGCCCCCGAUGAGAUUCGCGCUGAUCCAGAGGUCGUACUGGCUGCAGUUCAAGAGAACAGCCAAAUCUUGAACAGUGUUGAUGAGGGCUUUCGGCGUGACCGGGACUUCAUCCUCUCUGCUGUUCAGCGGAAUGGUACCGCCCUGGCAUAUGCCGAAGCCUGCCUCCGCGCCGACCGCGAGGUGGUCCUGGCAGCAGUGCAGAGUGACGGGGCAGCGCUCUCCUUUGCUUCCGAGGUGCUUCAGAUGGAUCGGAGCUUCGUGCUUGCAGCUGUCGGUCGCAACAGCAAGGCACUUCUGUUUGCAGCCUCCGAGUGGCGCGAAGACUUUGCCUUCGCUCUCGAGGCGGUUGGAAGGAAUGCAUCGUCGUUGCUCUUCUUGCCACGCUUCCAGGAGGAUCAUGAAUUUUUACUAGCGGCCGUGGCCCGGAAUGGUGACACCUUUCGGUAUGUCGACGAGCUUUUCCAGAAUGACCAACAACUAAUUCUUGCAGCCGUCGAAUCUGAUGGGGCAGCCCUGCGCUACGUAGACGAAGCGCUGCGCGGUGACAGGGAGUUUGUAUUGAAUGCCCUUCAGCGAAACGCUGAGGUGUUGCCAUACGUUGUUGAUUACUUACGGGAGGAUCCGUCCUUCAUGUUGCAUGCUCUACAAAGAAACUCUCGGGUUUUCGAAUUUGUUGAUGCCAGCCUGCGGCGCAACUCUGACUUCAUGUUGCAGGCUCUACAGGCCAACAGCAACAUCUUACAGUCCGUCAGCAAAGAUCUUUGGCAGGACCCGGAGUUUGUUCGAGACGCCGCCAAGGCUUCGGGAGCAGCCUUGCAGUGUGCGUCUCCGGACCUGCAGAAGGACAGAGACUUCAUCAUCUCUGUGCUGAAAACGAAUGGAAUGGCACUGCCCCACAUUGCAGAGGAUCUUCGUCAAGACCAGGAGGUGGCACUUGCGGCAGUGCACAGCCGGCCUGAAGCAAUGCGCUACGUCCACGAGGAUCUGCGUCGAAGCCGGGAAUUCAUUCUGAAGGCACUGAGAAGGGCAGGCGCGGCGCUUGCCUAUGCUCCUCAGCAGUUUCGCAAAGACCGCGAGGCUGUGCUUGCGGCUGUUCAGCACGACGGCAUUGCUCUGGCCUAUGCCGCAGCCGACUUGCAAAGCAACCGCGAGGUGGCACUGGCUGCUGUAGCUCGGAAUGUGCGAGCAGCCGUGGAUUCUUCCCUCUGGGAGGAUCGCAACUUUGCCUUGGCCGCCAUCGAGCGAAAUAGCGAGGCGCUGCUGAGAUGUCCGGAGCAGCUGCAAGAGGAUCGCAUGUUCCUGUACGAUGCCGUUCAGAGGAACGGUGAUGUGCUGCGAUUCACCGAUGAGAUCUUCCGCUACGAUCACUCACUUGUUCUGGCUGCAAUUCAGAAUGAUGGCACUGCGUUGCGUUAUGCCGGCGAGUUCAUGCGCCAAGAUCGACAAUUUGUCCUCGAGGCAUUGAGUCACAACGCAAUGGCGUUGCCGUAUGUUCCAGAGGAGCUCUGGUCUGAUCGCUCGUUUCUACUCGCGGCAGCUCGCCGAAACCCAGAUGCGUUGCUACAAGUCGACGAGGAAAUCAGGGCCGACUGGAACUUCAUGUUGGCCGCAGUCGGUGAGCGGGGUCAAGCACUGGCAUCCUGUGCGACAAGCUUGCUUGCUGAUUCCGACUUCUUACUCCAAGCGGUGGAGGCCAGCGCAGAGGCUCUCAUUUACGUGCCCGACAAGUUUAGAAAGGACGCGGAUUUCGUUUUGUCGGCAGUCAAGAGGAAUGGUGCGGCUCUUCGCUAUGUUGAGGAUGCCUUCAGGGGCGAGGAGGAAAUUGUGCUCACUGCUUUGCAGCGCAAGCCGGAGGCGCUGCGCCACGCUUGCGAGGAUCUUCGCCACAGUCGCAGCUUCGUGCUUUCGGCUGUUCGCUGCAACGGGACGGCUUUAGCUUAUGCGGGCAACGAGUUUCGAAGCGAUCGCGAGAUCGUGCUUGCUGCAGUGCGAAGGGAUGGAGUAGCGCUGGCCUAUGCCUCGGAAGAGCUCCGUGGGGACCCAGAAGUCCUGGCAGCAGCGGCUGCUAGCGAUGCCUCGUCCUUGCAGUACGCCUCUGGGAUCCGACCAGAGGUGAGUGUGCCUGGAUCUGCCCUGCGGCAUAUCGGCGAGCAGUUGCAGCGAUUUGUCUCACCAGUCGGGGGUCAACCACCUCCGUAA